ACCCCAUUUUCCUCCACCAUUUCGUCUUUUUCUUUUUGUCUUCUUUCCACUCUCUCUUUCUUUAUUCUUUCUUUCCCAACAACUCCAUCCUUUCCCUUAUUUUUGUCGACAACUACUCCCAUCUUUCUACUUUUUUUUUUUACUUGUCUUUUAUUUCCCUCAUUCCAAAGCCAUUACAAAGAAAACAAUAAAAUAGAAUUAUGAAUCCUGGUGGCUUGGUGUGAGAGCCGAAAAAGGUGGCGACGGUGGCCGGAGGAGGUGGGUUCAUUGAUGAAAAUCCGAGUCCGGCACAGGCUACCGGAGUUCUACCGGUACGGUGGUUGCAAUAGAACGGUGAUGAUGAGGUGGUGGUCCGGCAUUGAUUUCCUUCCCAGUCGGCGACCAAGCUUUUGCAUGGAAAAUCGAACGAGCGGCGGCGGCUCACUUAGCGACAACCGCGGCGGAUGGUGGUGACCAUGGUUGUCCAAGGAAGGCUUGGAGUUGGAGCUAGGUGGCAUGGUGAAGCACUUUAAUGAUGAUGGCGGUCGCGGUGGAGGUCGCGGCGGUUGUGACGUGUGAUAGUGUGAUGAGCAACGAUGGUGGUCGGACGUCUCCGGCGUCAACGCUACUGCUAUGAAAUCCGUGAGGGAGAGAGAAAAGACCAAGAAGGAGAGAGAAUGGCAUCAUCAACAAGCCGGUCAGCUACUGCCGCGUCACCAUCAUCUCGUCGGGGCCCAGAAUCUUUCCAUGGUCGCCGGUGUCUCGCCGAACAGGCACGGAGUUUUGCAGCUUGGCCUCAUGAGCAAUUUACGGAAACUGGCGGCGAUGAUGAUGGAGCGAGAAAGGUGUCGGCGGCGGUUGAGAACCCCAGUGGCGGUGGCAACGGCAGCUGGGUUGCAUGGUUGGCAGGUGGCAAAGGCUGCACCAUUUUCUUUGACUUGCGGCUAACCGUGAUGGACGAUGAUCGAUGGCCGGAAGUGAUGGCGGUGGUUAUAGUGUCUUGAUCUCCACUUGCUGCUGCUGCCCGCCGGAGAUAGGCGAAAAAGAAAAACGACGUCUCGACGCGUCGAGA